UCUCUUUCUCUCUUUCUCUUUCUAUCUCCAUUCUUUCCCCUCUCUUAUUUCUUCCCCAAACCCAUCUCUUAGAACCCUAGGCCCCAAAUUCACGGCAACAAGAAAGGCAAGUCGACAACGAGGACAGCGACGAGUGCGGUUUCUAGACUGAUCUUUUGUAGGUGGCUGUUUUUUUAUGUUCUCCCAUCCGUCUAGUAUCCAGAUUGUUUGGUUUUGGUGAACUGAAGUAGAGAAUCAGCGGAUAUGGCUAGUGCUAUCAUUAGUCCGAUGCUAACCACCUCUUUCGCCAACAAAAGCAGUGGAACGUAUAAAAGUUCUGUUGCUAUUCAUGGGAAGCAUCUGCGUAUACGUGCAGUGCACAUAGAUAAGCCGAUGGAGGAGCUCUACAAUGUGAAGGUGGAAAGAAAAGUGUCAAAAGAGAGGUUGUCAGAGCUUGGUGUCUCAAGAUGGUCUGUUUGGAAGACGGGCAAGUGCAAACUGCCAUGGGACUGGCAAGUGGACCAGCUCGUUUAUAUUGAAGAAGGGGAAGUGAGAGUUGUGCCUGAAGGAAGCAAGCGCCAUAUGCAAUUCAUGGCCGGUGAUCUUGUUCGUUACCCCAAAUGGUUUGAAGCUGAUCUCUUCUUCAAUGAUUUCUACCAAGAACGGUACAGCUUUCGAGCAUAUGGUGAUGACUAAGGGGUGUGUUCUUUGAUCUUGAUUAGAGUUCCUUGGGGAGGUUGUAUUUUUACAUGCUGUGUUGCAAGAUAUCCACUGAUGUUGAUUAGCAGUUGCAUGUAAAAAGGGUAUACUUUUGUAUGCGUCUUGCUAGAGUAUAAGGUUUCUUUUCUGGAUUCAACGUUUGAUUGUUCUUUAGCCCUGAUGAACUUCAUCUCUAGUAUAUUAGCCAAUAAUGCUGAGCACAAGUGGUAAAA